UUCCCGACGUCCCUCUUUUCGGCGAGCCUGUCCUCCGGUCGGCCAGUCGCCGCUUCGCCGCUCGGGGUGUGCGAUCGCCCUUUUCGUUCUUGGUGCGCCGCCAUGGCCGUCUACAGCAAGUUCCUCACCGCGCGCUACUCCACCAUGGCCGGCACCGCCGCUGCCGCCUGCGCCUUCCUCUGCCUGCUCAGCAAGCGGCGGAAAGCAGCCGCUGCCGCCUUGCACGGAAAGAAAAAUGGAAAAAAUUUAUCCAGCAGUGAGAAAGAAGUCAAGAAAGAGCGAGCUGCAGUAGAUAAAGUAUUUGUUGGAAGAAUUUGGCAAAUUCUGAAAAUUAUGGUCCCCAGGACAUUUUGUAAAGAGACAGGUUAUUUGAUACUUAUUGCCAUUAUGUUGGUACUUCGCACAUAUUGUGACAUCUGGAUGAUUCAUAAUGGAACAGUUAUCGAGAGUGCAAUCAUAAGCAGGAAUCUGUCGCUAUUCAAGGAUUUCUUUUUUAAAUUUGUAGUUUCCAUUCCACUGAUUUCCCUAGUGAAUAACUUCUUGAAAUACGGACUAAAUGAACUUAAAUUGUGUUUCCGUGUCCGGCUUACCAAGUAUCUUUAUGAGCAAUACCUACAGAGUUACACAUUCUACAAAAUGGGCAAUCUGGAUAACAGAAUAGGCAAUCCUGAUCAGCUGCUUACACAAGACGUCGAAAAAUUUUGUAACAGUGUAGUGGACCUAUAUUCAAACCUCAGCAAGCCAUUUUUGGAUAUUGUUCUAUACAUCUUCAAACUAACAAGUGCAAUAGGAGCACAGGGCCCUUCUUCCAUGAUGGCCUACUUGCUUUUUUCAGGCUUUUUCCUUACACGCUUAAGAAGACCUAUUGGUAAGAUGACGGUUACAGAACAAAAAUACGAAGGCGAGUAUAGAUACGUCAAUUCACGGCUCAUUACAAACAGUGAGGAAAUUGCAUUUUAUAAUGGGAAUCAAAGGGAAAAACAGACAAUUCACAAAGCUUUUCACAAACUGGUAGAGCACCUGCACAAUUUCAUUUUGUUCCGGUUUACAAUGGGCUUUAUAGACACCAUUAUUGCUAAAUAUCUGGCAACCGUAGUUGGUUAUUUGGUUGUUAGCCGUCCAUUUCUAAACUUGUCUCAUCCUCGUCAUCAGAAUAGCACCCAUGCUGAACUUUUGGAGGAUUACUACCAAAGUGGAAGAAUGCUGCUGAGAAUGUCUCAGGCCCUUGGCAGAAUAGUUCUAGCUGGCCGUGAAAUGACUCGAUUGGCUGGCUUCACAGCUCGAAUUACAGAAUUAAUGCAAGUUCUGAAGGAACUAAACACAGGGAAAUAUCAACGAACCAUGCUAGUACAAGACAAAGACUUAGACCUAAAGCAAGCCACCCCGUUGAUUCCUGGAGCGGGACGGAUUGUCAUAACAGAUAACAUUAUCAAAUUUGAUCAUGUUCCAUUGGCAACACCAAAUGGCGAUAUGCUGAUUAGAGAUCUCAAUUUUGAGGUGCAAUCUGGUGCAAAUGUUCUUAUUUGUGGGCCAAAUGGAUGUGGAAAGAGUUCUCUUUUCCGUGUCCUUGGUGAAUUGUGGCCUUUGUUUGGUGGCUGUCUAACUAAACCCGAGAGAGGAAAGUUGUUUUAUGUUCCCCAGAGACCAUAUAUGACACUUGGGACGCUGAGAGACCAAGUAAUUUAUCCAGACACUAUAGAAGAUCAAAAAAGGAAAGGCAUCUCUGAUCAGGUGUUAAAGGAAUAUUUAGAUAACGUCCAGCUGGGUCAGAUCUUGGAACGUGAAGGAGGCUGGGAUAGUGUUCAAGACUGGAUGGAUGUUCUCAGUGGAGGAGAGAAACAGAGAAUGGCGAUGGCUAGAUUGUUUUACCAUAAACCCCAGUUUGCCAUUCUGGAUGAAUGUACGAGUGCCGUUAGUGUUGAUGUGGAAGGAUACAUUUACAGCCAUUGUCGGAAAGUUGGCAUCACUCUCUUCACUGUUUCUCACAGAAAAUCACUUUGGAAGCACCAUGAAUUUUAUCUUCACAUGGAUGGAAGAGGCAACUAUGAGUUCAAGAAAAUUACUGAAGAAACUAUUGAGUUUGGUUCAUAACCCCCAUCCCUGGCCAUCAACAGCUAUGACUGUUAACAAUACUGGACUUGGAAAACGUACAUUGUGGUGUAACAAAGCUACUUGACUUACUCUUAAAUUGAUUACUAGGAAUACGAUAACAGGCUGUCAGUACUUUUGUUAUGAUGUAGAAUAUUACUAAUUUGUGUUCAUGUUGGUUUAAUUAUUAAUAUGCUCUAAGAAUGUUCUUAUUCCUGUGUUUUUUUAAAAAAAAAUCUGCCUAAAUUAAAUUGGGCUUAAAUCACUGAAAUGUUGAUUCAUCCUGGGAUGUAAACAGUCUGAAGUCAACUAUUUUGACUUCUGUUUGACCAUACUUCCUCUGGGGAAGGCCCUUAUUAAAAUUAGAUUCACUACCUCUUCUGUACCCAUUACAACAGAUAUGAAUUUCUAGGUCAAAAUCCUAAUAUAUCAGUUCAUUAUAUGUACUCUUUUCAGGAUAGGACUUGUUGUAUUACUACAACAUAGUCUAGGGAAAUUGGCCUUUAUGUUAGUCGUGACUGUGAAGACAGUCUUCUUGCAGCAGUAUGCUGUAUUGAUGGGAGAAAAGACCAUUAGCAUUUCUUUGCAAAAAGAUAAAAACUCCAUCCAAAUCCUCUGGCCAUUGCUGGUCACUACUUUUCAAUCCUUUCCAUUUUUCUCCUGCUUAGUGCAAAUAAAAUAACCAUAUUCCAUUUGGCCUUUACAUCCCAAUUUCAGAAGGACAAAUAAGAGGAAUGAGAAUGGGGAGAAAAAUAAAGAAGAAAGAAAUAAAAUAAUUCCCAAAUCCUUGUCAUGGAAUAAAGAUCAUGGACAUUCUCGCUUACGAGAGGUCUGAUCUUUUUGUAAUUUGUAGAAUGUAGUGUGCAAGUUUGAAAUGAAAUGCCAUGCGUAUCUGCCACAAGGAUUUGGAUUUUUCGGAGAAGGCUUUUGCUUACUGGACAUUUUUGUACCUGGCAUGUAGGUCUAUAAUAUGUGAUUU